UGGAGCUCUUGGGGGGACCGAGGCUACCUGAAGGAAAUGGCGACUUCCCGCUUACCACCGGCGACGCUAACGCUAAAGCAGUUCAUGAGAAGGCAACAAGUUCUCCUUCUCUACAGAAGGAUUUUGCAAGCAAUUCGGGAAGUUCCAAAUGAUUCUGAUCGAAAAUACCUGAAGGACUGGGCAAGGGAAGAAUUCAGAAGAAACAAAAGUGCCACCCAAGAGGAUACAAUCCGGAUGAUGAUUACUCAAGGCAAUAUGCAGCUCAAAGAGUUAGAAAAAACCCUUGCUUUGGCAAAAUCUUAACUAUAGCAUUAUUCUGAAAGACUUUCAAAGUUUCCAUGUGUAUUAUUGAGCUAAUUAGACUCAAUGAUGGGCAGCCUAAAAGCAAGUCAAACUGUACAGUACUUGGGAAAAUGUCAGAACAUGGAGCAUGGCAUGUCAAAGCAAACGAAAGCACAUCAGAACAAUUGCCUUAACACUGAAAAACACACCCUGCAUUUUGAAAAUGUUUUUGGAUGUGUCAGUUCAAGCAGCAAAAACCAGUACAAGUGGCCAGCACUUAAGAUGCUCAACACCAUUAACCCUCUGGGAAAUGCAAAUUAAAACCACACUGAAACAGUACCAUAUCCACUGGAAUAACUAUAAUUAAAAACAGUUAAGCAAAUGUUGGUAAAGAUGUAGAGAAACUGAACCCCUCAUACAUGCUGUGGGAAUAUCAAAUGGCACAGCCACUUGGAAAACAGACUGUCAGUUGCUUAAAAGAUUCAGUUACCAAACAGUUCAGCAGUUUCCUCCUAGGUUUGUAACCAAGAGAACUGAAAAUCUUUCUAUAAGAAAACUUGUACAGGAAUAUUCAUAGCAGCAUUAUUCAUAAUAGCCAAGAAGUAGAAGCAAUCCAAAUACCCAUCUGAUAAAUGAUUAAAUAAGAUGUGUGUGGAAUAUUAUCUAGCAAUAAAAAGGAAUGAAGUACUGAUACAUGGAUGUACCAGAGACCAGUCACAAAAGAUCACAUAUUAUAGGAUUUCAUUUAUAUGAAGUAUCUAAAAUAGGAAGAAAGAGGUGGGUUUCCCAGGGUGUGGAUAGCAUGGAAAGUAAUUGCAAAUGGACAUGGGAUUUCUUUUCUGGGUAAUGAAAACAUUCUAAAAGUUGGGGGUGUCGGUUGCACAACUCUGAAUAUACUAAAGUCCGUUGAAUCAUAUAUUUUGCAUGUGUGAUACUUGAAUUAUACUUCAGUAAAGGUUUUACUGAUUUUUUUGCUGAUAAAGAAUUGACAUAUAAUACUGCGUAAAUCACUAUUUUAAGAAAUCGUAUGAGAUAUAUGGAUGUAUACUGACCUCAGAAGAUACCCUGGACCUUUCUUGAAAAAAAAUCCUUCUGCAUUCCUGAUGGUUGUUGAGGUAGUUUCUUCAGAUGUGUCAUGAUCCAGUAGUCCAAGGAUUCUCUGAAAAGACCACCACCGGUAAUACAGAUCUUUGUUGGAAAGAGGAGAGACAGAAGCUUAAUGAACACAUUGAGGAACUUACCAAAAAGAAGAGGCAACGUCUGGAUGAAACUAAUGCAAUUACCUUAGCAUCCACAUAGAAAGAAGUGAAACCAUCAGGGAAGAUCCUUGGUGCAUUAGGUUCUCUUCCAGUGACAGGAGGAAAGAGUUUGAAGAAUACAUUGAAGAUGAGAAGUUGACUUGACACUCCAACCAAAUGUGUAACAAUUACUUUAGUGAAAGUGAAAGCUUAUGGAAGAGGUGGGAUCGGCGGUCCUAUAGACAGAUGUCCUCUGUUCUUUUACAGAACAGACCUAAAAGUUAAUCCAAGAAUCUGCUCAGCACCUGAAAAAUGUAGGAGAAACUUUGCAGAAUGAUAAAUGGUUACCUAGUACUGGACUGCCUGCCAGAGGAGAGGGAGAAGCAGAUGGUGGCGUUUGUCCAUGACCUGCCUGCAUUGCCAGGGUCCACCCGCCCCUCCCACAGCGUCAGCCCACAAGACAAAAUAAUUCUGAAUAUUCUUCAGCCGGGUAAUCUAAUUCAAAAUGCUUGAGCUAAUUAUCAGAUUUGUACAUAGCUGUACAUCAGUUAACCUAUUGCAAAGCCAUUUGAUGAACAGAAGCAUUUGUGAACAGUCUCUGAGCAGAGAAUACUUUUCUUUGUGCAGCAUGAUCUACCUAUUCAAGUAUAGGCAAUUCCUAGUAAAUCUAAAAUCUUGACACUACAGAUCAUCCUUUCAUGAGGUGUAGAAGUCCAUGACUUGGUGACAUUCUUUCUAGUGGUGGUAUAUGUCAAAGAUCUAAGAGCAUUUGUGGUUUAAGUUUGUAAGAUACAAAUACUAGACUGAGAAAACCUAACUUGGGAUUUGUUUUGUUUUUUAAAUUGGGCAAAACACUGCAAAUUGAAUGUUCAUCUUCCAGAUGCUAAGAUUAGUAUAAUCUUAAUAAUGGACAGCAUUUGAGUGCUAAAUAAAUCUUAGGCUAAACAACAAUUUCUCCUCCCAUAUGGAACCAUGCUCAUUAAGAUGUUGGCCAGGUUCAAACUCCUGGUGAAACACAUUUUAUUUAGCAUCUUUAUCAGUGUUCUGGCUUAGACAAGAAAUUACCUUUCUGGAUAUUCCCUGUGAGCUAUAUUCGUGUGGGGGCACCUGGGUGGCUGAGUCAGUUAAGCGUCCGACUCUCAAUUUUGGCUCAGGUCAUCAUCUCAGGGUUGUGAGAUCGAGCCCUGCUUCGGGCUCUGUGCUGGGCAUGGAGCCUGCUUAAGAUUCUCCCUCUCCCUCAUCCCCUACCCACCUUCUAAAACAAAACAAAACAAAAAAACCUGUAACUAUACUCUUGUUUGAAUCUUAGUUUUGUUCCCCAAGUUUAAUUUUAAAGUACUCGGAUGUUCAGUUUAUGUAUUUGAACUACAAUAAGUCAAAUCUUUAUAUUAAAACUUUUUAAAUACCAAAGCUUUCUAGCAUGAGGAUAAGUGGGUAGGGCUGCUAUUUAGCAUACUGACUAUCCCUACAUCAUUAUCUUUUUUGAAGUGUGCCAUCUGGUUGGAAGUUUCUGAACUCAGCACAGGCAUUGCUGUGGGUGGGCCUGCAGAGGAUGUUAUAAUAUUUGGGGAAAAGCAGCACAUGUUCUUUGGUGUCUAUAUUACUGGAGUCACACAACUAGACACUCAAGAGAGGCUGAGACCCCCGCUUAACCUAAAUUGUCUCUUACGGAAGAAAAAUGCUAGUCAAACAACAGAAGGAAACAGCUCACAUCUACCGUGGGAAAAAACUGGGAUUAUGUAGAGUAAGGUCCAAGCAGAAUCAAAAGCAAAUUGUCACUUUGUGCCAAACUAGAAAUCGCCACAGCCUAUUUCCUUCCUUGAGUCAGGCAUCUGAGAAAUUCUAUCAGGAUUAAAUUUGCUAUUUUUGUUUACUAGGAAGAGGAAAUUGCUUUUUACUCACUCUGGUUUGCAUUAGGAAAAUUUCUGUGCUGUUUCCUGGUUAUGUGUCUCAUGGAUUUAAUAUAUUCAUAUUUAUCAUAUUUUGACAAUAUUACAAAUAUUUCCUUUAAAAUCACAACAGAAGACAACUAAAAUUUUUUUUCUUAUAAGUAUUCUAAAAGGUCGCUGGUUUUGUCUUCUAAAUCUUAAAUCGAUUUGGCUUUUAUAUCACAGGAAGAAAUGUAUUUAGCUUUUACGAAUAAUUUGUUAGAAAAUGUUAUUUUGCCUGCAUACAGUUAUAAGUGAGGUUUUGUUCUCUCAGUUCAGUAUUUUCUAAAAGGUCGACAGUCUAAACAAAACAUUAAAGCUUGUACUGAGAAAAGAAAAAA